AUGAAAUUUACUUUAAUUUUAAUUGCCCUAUUGGUUUCCACUGCUUUGGCUUUGCCGAUUCAAAUCUCCGAGGAAGAUAUUAAAUGUAAGUUCAGAUUAGAGAGAUACCUUGAAAAAUUCACUGCUUUUGAAAGUAAUCCUGGAAGAAAAAUGAGAAAACGUUAUAACCAGCCAACCCAAGCUCAAAUUGAUGAAUUCAAAAAUUUGGCCGGUGGCCCGGGAAAGCGUGACGUUGAAGAAAAUAUUGACCAGCCAAAUCCUGAAAAUGAAUGGGACGGUAGCCCAGGAAAGCGUGAUGUCGGAAAAAGUGAUGGCCGGACGACUGAUUUUUAUGGAUUCGGUGGCCCAGGAAAACGUGAUGUCGUAGAAGAUAUUGACCAGACAGCUCCAGGUUAUGUUUACAGUGGCCCAGGAAAGCGUGAUGUCGACCAAACGGCUAAAGGUUAUGUUUACAGAGGCCCUGGAAAGCGUGAUGCCGGUGAAAGCUAG